AUGAUCACGUGGUCCUUUAGUAUAAAAUUCACGGUUGCGGCGCGUGGCCUUGACUUUCCAUACGUGAAAGCGGUUAUCAACUUCGGUCUGCCUUUGGGUCUCGAUGAAUACGUGCAUAGGAUUGGUCGAACAGGCAGAAUGGGCCACACAGGCCUAGCUAUCACCUUGGUUGCCUCUAGCAACAUCAAAGGUGACAAGCAUCUGCAGAGUGUGGCUCGCGGUGUAUGUCGUCUCAUUGGAGACACGUCUGGCAUUCCGAAGGAGCUCCAGCACGCCGCGAGGUUGAAGCCAGGUGUUUGUGACUCCGAUGAGGAGUACAGUUCAGCAAGUUACCAGCGACAGGGUUUGGUUUCUCCUUGCCCGCCUCAGCGGUUAAAAAGUCGGUACCCUAAGAAUGGGGCACCGGUGUUCCGGAGACGUACCUAA